UAUAGAAGGUAAAACAUAUAAAACGUAAAAAUUAAUUACUAUAUAUCAAAUUGAAAUUGGCGAAAUUUCGCACGAUAUAUGGAAAUUGAAAAAAUUGCUAUCGAAAUUGAGCAAUUAUCGAUUUAUUAUAUCGAUAUAUAUCGUUAUAAUUAUUUUCUGUAAGUUUGUCACAAGUCUUUCACAUGAAGCCUUUUAAUAAUGGCUCUAUAACUCCAAAAUCAUUAAAUUAUAAGUAUCAUUGAAAACAGGUUCAAGAUAUAAAUACUAGUCAUUAUAUCUGUUUUAAUUGAAAACAAACAAUUUUAUUGUAUUCUGCAAGAGAUAUUUCAUACUGCUUCAUCUUUUCAUUUCAUAAUUAGAGAAGAUGAUACUAGCUGGUCAUGUAUGGACAAAAUUUUUAAUGCGUAGGAGCAUGCAAUCCUCUGCUUGGAUCACUAAAUUUAUUAUACGAAGCUAUGAAUCCAAUUCUGGAAAAUACGCUGGACAACAAAGUCUAACACAGACCAGCAUUUUUGUAGAAGAGGGAUUAGAAAUACAGGAAGUGCCCUUAAUUGUUAGAAAGAUCAAAAAUAUUGAAACCAUAUGUAACAAUAAAGAUCAAAAUAGCAUUUCUAUUAUUGAUAAUUGUUACAAGGUUCCUGAUACAUCUAAGAAGAAUGAGCCAUUUACAUUUAAUGUUAAAAAUAAUGCAAGUUCCAAAAGUAACGCUAAUGUGAAAAACAAAGCAUUAAACCAAAGAAUAGACAUAGAAACAGAUGAGGGAACUGCAAUAUUAUUUUAUUCAGAUCUUGACUAUUUUAAAGAUUUGAACGUAGAAGAGGCAUUGCAAGGAUUACAACUGUUCAAUGCAACUAAUGGUGCCUAUCCUACGUUAGACAACAAGAUCUCACAAGAAAUCAAUUGUAGAGUAGCUUUAGAAGGAUUAAGAAAAGUUAUAGACUUAGAAAAUAAUUGGUUUAAACAGAAGUCUAAUAAAAUGCAAAGAAAUAGGCAGUUUGAUGUUGAUAAUACUACUAGAGAUAUGAUAAUGAAACAAUUGAUUAAAUUAAUUAUUAAUAGUAAUGAUGCUGAAAUAAUAGUUCAGGGGCUGAUAGCCCUAAAAAAGGAUAAAGUUAGUCCAUCUAGAAAUAUAUAUAGAGAUUUGAUGUGUGAUGAAGCUUUAAGUCGAGCAACAGAUGGAAAGUUUUCACCUGCACAAUUAGUAAAUUUAAUAAAGAUUUUAUCAUCUUAUAAAGAUUCUAAGUACCGUAAAUCAAUAGAUACCUUAUGGGUUGGUAUUUUGCUUCAAGAACAAGAGAUUAAUACAUAUACAUUAGUAGCAUUAUUUAAAGUAUUAAAGUAUUUUAAUCAAAGUAAAAAUAUGGUCAAACUUAUUUUAGAGAGAAAACUUUCUGACUGUUGGUUAAAAUUAACAGGCACACAAAUUGCAGAAAUACUAGAUUCUUUUCAUGAUGAUGUUUCUGCAAUGAAAUGUUUAAUAAGUGCCAGUAAGUGGGCAAGUAUAAGCAUGAAUGCAUGUAGUGAAAAAGAUUUAAUAAAAUUUAUACAUAGUUUACAUGUAAAAGAUUACAUUGAUGAUAGAAUAGAAAGUACUUUACAAGGCUAUUUGAAAUCUAAAGCAUCACAAAUUGAUGAUUCAAAAUUAAUAGCUACAAUUAUGAAUUAUUGUAAGGAUUUGCAAAUCAGAAAUGAAAGAAUCCUAUCAGAAUGUGGGGAAUAUUUUAUAAAACAUGCUAUGAAUAUAUCAACUUCUUCAUUGUCUUCUAUUCUUACACCAUUUGGAUUAUUAUAUGUACAUCCUCCCAAUAGUAAUGAAUUUUGGAAAACUUUUGAUGAUGUGUUAUCAGUAAAAUUUCAUGAUUUGAAAUUAGAUGAUGCUUUAGAUAUUCUUCUUUCUUGUACUUAUUUAGAAAAAUAUCCUGUUAAAUUUUUUGAUAAGAUAUUUAUUUCACAAUUACUGCAUAAAAUUCAUUUAAGAAAUCAUUCUGUAUUCUCUAAUCGCAUAAAAAAUAAGUUGAAAUUACUAGAUGCUACCAUGUUUUUAGAGUCUAAGGAAUAUCCAUCUUUACAUUUUCCCCUAAGAAGAGUAGAGAAACCUUUAUUUUUAGAUGCUCGAAUUAGAAGAGCAGUGAACAUGAUAUAUCAACCAUUGGCAUCUUUGGUAGGUGGAGAACAAAAAUUGAGUAAAAAUGUGAUAUUGAAUAGACUACCACCUAUAAAUUUCUAUAUUCUUGAUAUUCUUAUACAUCCGCAUAUGGUAUCCACGUCGGUAUUUCAUUUGAAUUUAGAUCAGGAAAAAAAUGUGAAUACUGCAGUUUUUAUUUAUUUACCAGAGUAUUAUUGUAGAAAUACGCGACAUUUAAUAGGACCGCAAAUAAUGAAAAAGAGACAGAUUAAGAAAUUAGGUUUUAAAGUUAUGAUGCUAGAUUAUGCAAAAAUACAGGAACUCUGGAAUCAAUCUAAUAAAUUGUUAUCUUAUUUAUUGAAAAGUUUACAUUCUGCAGAAAAUUCUGUAUAACAUAUACAUAACAGAAAUAUAAAAUAUAAAUUUCUCUAUUUUUGAUAGAAAUUGUAAAAGUAGUCUAAUGAAAUAUAUUGUAUAAUGUGUAGAAUAAAAUCUUUCAUAGAUGGAAACUGAAUAA